AUGGGGAUGGCGGAGGACUGGAUCCUGGAUUCCGUCGCAGAUCUGGGAAGCGGGAUCGUCCAGCAGCUGCAAGCAAGGAGAUCUUUGGGAGCACAUCUUUCGGCGGCAACUCGUCGACGGCCUGAUGCCGUCCUGCCGCCGACCUUUAUGGCCGAAGGGCGGCCGCUCCGAGCUCUGGAUCCGGCAAGGCACCGGUACUACCUCAUCUACUUCCUCCAGGACAAAGAGCUAGAGGGGAAGAUCUUCCUCAGCACCGUCAAGGCAUCCAUCGCCUGCCCUGUCCCAAGUGGUUCCGUCCCCGGUGACGGUGUGGGUGGCCAUGGCGACGUGCUAAAUUGGAUGAAGGAGAUGCCUGCUGAUCCCGUGGCGAACUGGAAUUGCUCCCAUGCCCAUAAUGAUAGGCAGUUGACAGUUUCUUCUAUUUGGCAUGCACAUAUAUUUUGCUUCAUCUGUUUGAUUCUUAUUUUACACUUCUGUGCAUCUAGGACAAUUGCAGAGAUCAAGGAAUCAGGAAACCAAGCUCGGAAGCAGGCUGAAUAUUUGAGAACUAGUUUAGAGGAGCAUAGUCUUGAACUUCGUGUAAGAGCAGCAAAUGAAACUGAAACUGCAUGCCAGCAAAGGCUUUCAUUUGCUGAAGCAGAACUAGAAGAAUUAAGGACCGAGGUAGAUGCAUUCGAAAGAGAUGUUCUGGAACUCAACGAGGCAAUAAAGAUUAAAGAAGCUGAAGGAGAUGCUUAUAUCUCUGAAAUUGAGACAAUUGGUCAAGCAUAUGAAGACAUGCAGACACAAAAUCAGCAUCUUCAGCAACAGGUUGCCGAUAGAGAUGAUUUUAACAUUAAGCUAGUAUCAGAUAGUGUGAAGACAAAGCAGGCCUCUGCAUCCCUUCUCUCUGAAAAGCAUUUGUUACAGAAGCAACUCCAUCAAGUUAAUAGUUCACUGGACUCAUCUAAACAAAAAAUUGCCCGUGGUGAAGAGCAGAUGAAAUCCUAUGUCGCUCAAGCUAUAAAAACUUCUUUCGAGAACAGGCAUCAUGUGAUUAACCUUGAAAAGACUCUGAUGGAGGUGUCUGACACAGAGAAGGAGCUCAAGUGGCUUCGAUCCACCGUUGGAUCAUCUGAGAAAGAAUACGAGCUAAAUCAGAAAAAGAUAGCUGAGCUAAGAGUGGAGCUAGAGCGCGAGAGAGGCGAGAAGAGAAAGCUCGAGGAAGAAUAUGAAGAGGUGAAAAAUGAAGUCAUGGAGCUGACUUCUGAAAACGAAGAGGCUACUAUUCAGAAGCUUCAGGAUGAGAUUAAAGAUUGCAAGGCUAUUCUCAAGUGUGGUGUGUGCUUUGACCGACCAAAAGAGGUUGUGAUCACCAAAUGCUUCCACCUAUUCUGCUCACCAUGUAUCCAGAGGAACCUUGAGCUCCGCCACCGAAAAUGCCCAGGUUGCGGCACCCCGUUUGGGCAAAACGAUGUGCGAGAGGUGAAGAUCUGAAAUCCGUGAGGUUGGCUCUAAUGACAACCUCCUGGUGUAUGCUUGUAUCUUGUAAUUAUGUAGUUUAUGUUUCUCGUGGGGGCGCUUAGAUCGAGCACUCAUAGGCCUUCCUGCAAAAAGUGAAAAGGUAACAAAGCAUGGUAGCUUAUGUGAUGUGUGUCUGAGUGUAGGAUAUGUGGCUUUACAUGAGGCUAUUGCUAAGCUGUUUUCAGUUGUGUUUGUACUUUGUAGUGAACUGGGAGUAAACAAGAAAUGAAUAGAAGGUGAAGUUUUGUUUCUUUUCGAAA